UCAAAUCGUUGAAACUGCAAAUAAACUUUGACAAUGGCGAAACCUGUAGUUGACUCUAUGUAUCUCAAGGAAAUAGAGAAGGCUCGUCGUGACCUUCGCGCUCUUAUCUCAAACAGAAACUGCGCUCCUCUCAUGCUUCGAUUAGCGUGGCACGAUGCUGGUACCUACGAUGUUAAAACCAGAACAGGAGGCCCCAAUGGUUCUAUUAGGAGUGAACAAGAAUUGAAUCACACUGCAAACAAGGGGUUGAAAACAGCUAUUGAAUUCUGUGAGGAAGUGAAGAACAAACAUCCAAAAGUUUCAUAUGCAGACCUUUACCAGCUAGCUGGUGUUGUUGCAGUAGAGGUCACUGGGGGUCCAACAAUUGAUUUUAUUCCCGGGAGAAAGGAUUCAUUGGAAUCUCCAGAAGAAGGGCGUCUUCCAGAUGCCAAACAAGGUGCAUCGCAUUUAAGGGAUGUUUUUAAUCGUAUGGGUCUGGGUGAUAGAGACAUCGUGGCUCUAUCUGGUGGCCACACUUUGGGUAAGGCACAUAAAGAACGUUCAGACUUUGAAGGUCAAUGGACAAAGGACCCUUUGAAGUUUGAUAACUCCUAUUUUGUGGAACUAUUGAAUGCGGAAUCAAAGGACUUAUUGAAGCUUCCCACAGACAAGGCUCUAGUCGAGGAUCCUGAGUUCCACACGUAUGUUGAACUGUAUGCAAAGGACGAGGAUGCAUUUUUCACAGAUUAUGCAACCUCACACAAGAAACUCUCAGAGCUAGGCUUUAAUGUCAAGAAUCGUUCCAUGUUGGCCCAGGUGCUUAUAGGAUUCGCUAUUGCCUCAACUGCGGUGAUCCUGGGUUACUUGCUUGACUGGUUAGAGCGUCGUGCUAAUAACGCGAAGGUCGCAGGUUCGAGACCUGCAUGGGCCAACUUUGGAAAUACGUUUUGGAAAAAAAAUAAUAAAUAUCACAGAAGAAUGUACAAAGGGUUUCGAAAAAAUGCAUCCCCUUACAGGGGUGCGAAGUUUUUAUUUGGAUAA